AUGGAUAGACUUGUUAAAAAUGAGGAAGUCUAUAUGAAGAUUGAAUCUCAACUUGAUGAUUACAAAUACAAGAGAGGAUUGUUUGGACAUAGAGCUUCUCUCCGCUCAUAUAUGGAUCGUGUACCAAUUACAUGGUGGGACAAUUAUGGAGAUGAAGUUCUGGAACUAAAAGCCUUCGCGACGAAGAUAUUGGGUCUUACUUGUUCAGCUUCGGCUUGUGAACGUAAUUUGAGUACGUUCAAUCAAGUUCAUACAAAAAGAAGAAAUCGGCUGGGCACGGAUAGGAUGAACAAGUUGGUGUACGUUAUGUACAAUAGGAGAUUGAAGCAAAAGUUUAUAAAUAAGACGAAUCUAAAAGAUGAUGAAGACCCGAUAGUUGCCGAUGAGGUUUUGUCAGAUAAUGAGUGGAUAGCCAACCCGAGUGGGGAUGAAGAUGAAGAUGGCAUGGUUGGAGUUGGCAGAUCAAAUGAGGAAGAAGGUGAGAGCUCAUCUAGGAGGAAAAAGAAAAGAGUUAUUAAUUUGGUUGAUGAAGAUGACGAUGCCGAUCUAAAUACGCCAAAUGAAAAGUUUGAGGAGGAAGAUGAUGAUGAUGCGGAGUGGAACGAGUAUUAUGAUAUUUAG